AUGGUCAAUCCCAAAACGAAGGAGAUCUAUGCCAUCGAAAAUCGGCCAGCAGAAAACGGCCGUGGAGUGAUUGUCCGUAUUAGCGAACAUGAAAGCAUCGACGUACUGCCCAAGGGAUUUAAUGCGAGAUCAAAGGUCAACACCUACGGCGGCGGAGCAGCCUCCAUGUGUCCCGACGGGCGCAUCGUCUUCACAGACUCAAAUACGACCGGCGUGUUCUUCCUCUCUGCAGGCGGCGACGUGGAAGAAAUCAUCGCCGGCGGAACCGCCAAAAUCAAUUACGCAGAUUUCUGUGUCUCGCCUGCGCAACCGCACUUGAUUCUUGCGGUACAAGAGCUCCAUCGCGAGGAUGGCGAAGUGCUGGACCGCAUUGUAGUUAUCAACACCGAGACCAAGGACGCGAAGGUGGUUGUUGAAGGCGCGGAUUUCUUCGCGCAUCCAAAAUUCAGCCCGGAUGGGAGACACAUCUGCUGGACGCAAUGGGACCAUCCCGACAUGCCGUGGACCGGCAGCCAGGUCUAUGUGGCGGACUGGGCGGACGGCAGCGUGGCCAACAAGACUCAUGUCGCAGGCAAAUCGCUCUCGUCUGCUGUCUGCCAGCCGCGAUGGAGCCCGGAUGGCACGCUGUGGUUUGUCGACGAGCCCGCGGGGAUGUGGCAGCUGUAUCGCUACGACCUGACGUCUAGACGCGUCGAAUAUGUCCGGAUCGAGGGAUAUACGGCGGUUGAGAUGGGCAAGGCAGAAUGGUUCCUGGGAAAUUCAACGUACGGGUUCCUGGAUGAAUCUGCCCUCGUCCUCGCAUACACAAAGUCAGGCGCCACCGGAAUCAUCGUCUACGAUAUCACCACGGGCUCUGCGACAGAACUACCUCUUGGUAUCGUCCAUGUCGAAUUCAAUGGCAUCCGAUGCGUCUCUCCCACCUCUUUCGUGGUGACCGGCGGCACGCCGACAGCGCCAUCCGCCGUCUACCUCGUCGACAUCACCAAGCCAGGUGCAAAGCAGCUGCUGAAGAGCUCGACGGCCAUUGACCUACCUCUGGAGAUAUUCUCACCUCCACAGAGCAUCACCUUUCCCCGUACACACGGAAGCGAUCUGUCCAGGCCGUCGCAUGCUGUCUUUGUUCCCCCGUACAGCCCCUCGUUCAAAGCGCCGGCCGGAUCCUUACCACCACUCAUAAUCAACAUCCACGGUGGGCCGACCGCACAUGUCCCGCCCUCUCUGUUGCUAGAGGCACAGUACUUUGCGUCGCGCGGAUACGCGUACACGCAUGUUAACUACGCGGGCUCGAUCGGCUUUGGACGCGCGUAUCGCGACGACCUGAACCACGGCUGGGGCAUCAAAGAGAUCGACGACACUCUGUCUUGCAUUGACUAUCUCGCGUCUCAAAAUCUCAUCGAUAGAAAUCGCGUGGCUAUCAGAGGAGGAAGCUCGGGCGGCUAUACCGUCCUGCAAGCCCUCGUUACUCAUCCAAAGGUCUUCGCUGCGGGCUGCUCCCUCUUCGGCGUAGGAAAUCUGAAAAGGUUGCAGGAAAUGACCCAUAAAUUCGAGUCGCACUACAUUCUGAACCUACUCUUUCCUCCCGAUAUCCCCGACGAGGAAAAAGAAGAGAUAUACAGACAAAGAAGUCCGUGUUUUCACGCAGAAAAGAUCGAGACUCCAGUAGUGCUCUUCCAAGGGUCCGAGGAUCCCGUCGUGCCAUUGCAGCAGGCGCUUGAGAUGGAGAAGGUGAUGAGGGAAGGUGGAAAAGACGUGGCCCUGAUUGUUUAUGAGGGCGAGGGACAUGGGUUUAAAAAGGAGGAGAACUUGAAGCACUGCAUUGAGAAUGAGGAGGCGCUCUACAGGAGGACAUUGGUUGCCUGA